UGUAGCAUGCGGUCACUCUAAUCUUAGCAUUCGAAAAAAACGCGCAAAUAGAAGGGACGCCAAAGGGAAAUAAAAUACAAAAUCAGGAUUUUAUUCGAUUUCAUUGCAUUUGAGUUGAUAACCCAGCGCCAUGACGCUCUCCCGCACAAAGCACGCCAACCGCACCCACCUGCCACACCUGUUGGCCAAGGUGCCCGAGGAGCACCAGGAGCCGAUCAAGAAUAUGUGCCUCCAGAUGAUGUCCCACAACGCCUACGGCCAGCCGUACGAUUGGAGUGCCCGCGACUUCGAUAUGGGUGCCCACUUGGGACGCGGGAAAUUCGGACGUGUUUACCUGGCCCGGGAGCGCCACUCGCAUUAUUUGGUGGCCAUGAAGGUCAUGUUCAAGGAGGAGCUCCGCAAAGGCUGCGUGCAGCGGCAGGUCCUUCGCGAGAUCGAGAUCCAGUCGCGGCUGAAACACCCGCACAUCUUGCGUCUGCUCACCUGGUUCCACGAUGAAUCCCGCAUCUACCUGGCCCUGGAGAUCGCCUCCGAGGGCGAACUGUUCAAGCAUCUGCGCGGAGCACCCAAUCACCGGUUUGACGAACCGCGGGCUGCGAAAUACACCUACCAGGUGGCAAAUGCCCUCAACUACUGCCAUCUGAACAACGUCAUUCAUCGGGAUCUGAAGCCGGAGAACAUCCUGCUGACCAGCACCGACGAUCUGAAGCUGGCCGACUUUGGUUGGUCGGCGCACACGCCCAACAACAAGCGGAGGACGCUAUGCGGCACCUUGGACUACUUGCCGCCGGAGAUGGUGGACGGCAACUCAUACGACGACUCCGUGGACCAGUGGUGCCUGGGCAUCCUGUGCUACGAGUUCGUCGUCGGCUGCCCGCCCUUCGAGUCGAACAGUACGGAGAGCACUUACAGCAAGAUCAGGCGCAUGGAGAUCUCCUAUCCAUCGUAUUUGUCCAAAGGCUGCAAGGAGCUUAUUGGCGGGCUUCUCCGCAAGCAGAGCAAUGGCCGAAUCACCUUGGUGGAUGUGAUGACGCACUUCUGGGUCAAGGAGGGAAUGGCCUUAAGGGAGAUGCAGCUCAAGAAAGUUGAACGUGGCAAGGAGAACACGGCCAAGAAUUGAUUGCUUCCGGGCUUGCAUUUUUUAAAGACAUUUUAACAAUUUAACUAUUAUGUUUAAUAAACGGUUUACGAGAUUAAAAGAAGUUUUGUCUGC